CCCCUCUCUUCCGUCUUUUCUUUGUUUGUUCAUUCACACUCUCACAUCAGCACUCUCCCUGCAGUCCUCAUCACCUUUGCUCAUUCAACACUUUCUUCUACAACUCAUCCACCAUGUCUGACAGCACCGUUCACGCUAUUGCCGGAGCCGGAGGUGGAAUUAUUUCCAUGGCUCUGACCUACCCAUUGAUCACCAUCAGCAGCAGACUUCAGGUUCAGAAGGACAAGACCAGCAAGGAGGCCUACAAGAGCGGCCUGGAUGCUGUCAAAAAGAUCAUCGCCAAGGAGGGUAUUUCGGGUCUUUACUCGGGUCUGGAUAGCGCCUUGUUCGGCAUCUCGCUCACGAACUACUGCUACUAUUACUUUUACGAGUUCACCAAGGGGGUGAUCAACAAGGCCCAGAUGAGCACCUUGGAGUCCAUGUCUGCGGGAGCUGUUGCUGGUGCCGCCACCGUGUUGAUCACCAACCCUAUCUGGGUCAUCAACACCAGAAUUGCGACUCGCAAUGCCAGCGCCCCCAACGCCCGUCCCUUGGGCACGAUCGAGACUGCGACCCAGAUGAUCAAGGAGAACGGAUUCAAGUCGUUCUGGCAGGGAGUCAUGCCCGCCCUGGUCUUGGUCGCGAACCCGAUCAUCCAAUACACGGUCUUUGAGAAGUUCAAGACGGCCAUUUCCAAGACCCGUGCCCUCACUAGCUUUGAUUUCUUCUUGUUGGGCGCUGUCAGCAAGCUGGCUGCCACCAGCAUCACCUAUCCUUACAUUGUGAUCAAGUCUCGCAUGCAGCUGAAGCAGUCGGAUGAUGCCAAGGAGCGUUAUAGUUCUAUCAUGGAUGGCUUCCGUAAGAUCAUCAAGCACGAGGGUGUUGCUGGUCUCUACAAGGGCAUCUCCAGCAAGAUUGUCCAGUCCAUCUUGACUGCCUCCUUCUUGUUCAUGGCCCAGGCCAGCUUGGUCGAGUAUGUCGCUCGUCUCUUGAUCCACCUUGGCCUCCGUGCUCAGAAGCGUAUCUAAGUCGAGUCCUCCCCCCUUCCCAGUCCUCAGUCUGUGUAGUCUCUGGUGGCUCUUUCAUCCAAAUCCACUCUACAUACUCCUACAACAAAAGACCUAUUUAGCAUGCAUGCAUCAUUGUAAAAACCCAUCUCUCUUCUCUGUAUCUUUCAAAAAAAUAAAAUAAUUGCAUAGACGAU